UUAUUUCUGUUUACGUAACUGAAUACUAUUUUCGGCAGCUAGUCGUGUACCAACGGAGCAACAAAUAAGCAAAACGCACAACGCACAACGUACAACGCAUAAAUGCAGUUGCGCACAUAAGUUGUCUAUGCCUCUAUUUGCCGGCCAAACAACAACAACAACAGCGACAACAGUGACAACAGCUGAGAGCGGAGCGUCACCCACUCGCAGAGAACUGGUUGAGUGGUCAAACUGGUGAUGGCACGCACGGGGCAAGAGGUACUGGGUGUGCUGCGAGGCCUGCAAAUCGUUGCGGAGGCGUGUGGUCGCGAGCAUCUGUCGCUGACUAAGCAUCUGUGGAGCAAUUCGAGUGUGCGCGAACUGCUCGCCAUCAAUGUGAGUCAGAGUGUCGAAGCGUUGCGCACAGCGAGCAAUAAUCCCAGCGAGGAGCUAAAGAAGAUCCAGGAGUUGGUGCAGGAGACGGGCGAGCGAGGUUUUGUGGUGGCCAAGGGCCUAUGUCAGCUGCUCGAAACGAAAUCCAAUUGCAAUUCGGCCGCCUUGCCGCGCAUCACUUGGCCAUUGAGUGCUGGUGGCGCUGAACCAGGAGCAGGCGCAUCCACUGCGGCCGGCGAAGCACCAAGUGGCAGCAGUCGUCGCAGUCGCAGUCAUUUUGAAGCUGCUGAUGCAGCCAACAUAGACAUAUCAUCGAUAACGCUGACCGAAUUCGAGGAGAUUCUUUCCAAGCGCAACAUGAAUCGCAACGUCAGCCUACGCACGCCCACCACACAAAGCAAACAACUGCCCAGCGAGCCGCAGACUCCUCCAGCCAAGGCUCCAGCUCCAGCAACUCCUCCUCCUCCGCCUGCCAGCGCUGGCAUCAUCGCCAAGGAUACCGAGUAUGUGGACAAUGUAAUGCGCUUUGUUGCCGGCAGCUCGACAGUGGCAGGCUCCAAAGCUUCGACAACAGCAACAACAACAACCACAUCAGCUGAGGAGACGCUACCGGAGCUGAGCAAGGUGGCGAAACAGCGUCGGGUGCCUUCAUCGCGUCUGGGCCGGAUGGCCUCCUUUGGUGGUCUGUUUGCGGGCUUGGGAUUGGGCACCGUCAACGAGCUGGCGAAGGGCGCCCUUGGUUUGGGCGGAUCGACAAAUAUGCGGGAUGCGCUGCUCAGUCCAGCGAAUGCGGAACGAAUUGUGGACACACUGUGCAAGGUGCGCGGUGCCGCACUGAAGAUCGGCCAGAUCUUGAGCAUACAGGACACCAAUGUGGUGUCGCCACAGCUGGCCAAGGCGUUCGAGCGUGUACGCCAGGCGGCCGACUAUAUGCCCGACUGGCAGGUGGAGCGAGUCAUGAAUGUCCAAUUGGGACCCGAUUGGCGCCAGCGUCUGUCUAGCUUCGAUGAUAAGCCGUUUGCGGCAGCCUCCAUUGGCCAGGUGCAUCGGGCCACGCUGCUCGAUGGCAUGGUGGUGGCCAUUAAGAUCCAAUAUCCAGGCGUUGCCCAGAGCAUCGAGAGCGAUAUUGAUAAUCUUGUCGGCAUGCUCAAGGUGUGGGAUGUCUUUCCGCAGGGCUUCUUCAUCGAUAAUGUGGUGCGCGUUGCCAAGCGUGAACUGCAAUGGGAGGUCGACUAUGACCGAGAGGCGGAAUACACGGAAAAGUUUCGUGAAAUGAUUUCACCCUACAAGGAGUACUAUGUGCCCAAGGUGAUUCGUGAGCUGACCACUUCUAGUGUACUAACCACAGAGCUAGUGCCCGGAGUGCCACUGGACAAAUGCUUUGGCCUCAGCUAUGAGCAUCGCGCCAAUAUCGCCGCCUCUGUGCUGAAGCUGUGUCUGCGCGAGCUCUUCGAGAUCGAGUGUAUGCAGACGGAUCCCAACUGGUCUAAUUUCCUCUAUGAUGAGAAGAGUCGCCGCCUGAUGCUGAUCGAUUUUGGAUCGACGCGUUUCUACAAGCAUGAGUUCAUACGCAAUUAUCGCCAGGUGAUUAUCAGUGCGGCAGAGAAUAAUCGCGACGGCGUGCUGGAGAUGUCCCGUCAGAUGGGCUUCCUCACCGGUUACGAGACCAAGCAGAUGGAGCAGGCGCAUAUUGAUGCUGUUAUGAUAUUGGGCGAGAUCUUUCGCUAUGAUGGCGACUUCGAUUUUGGCAAACAGAAUACAACAGAGCGCCUGGCUGCCCUGGUGCCCACAAUGGUCGCCCAUCGCCUCUGUCCGCCGCCCGAGGAGAUCUAUUCGAUACAUCGCAAGUUGUCCGGCAUCUUUCUGCUGUGCGCCCGUCUCAAUGUUCGCCUCAACUGUGUGCCCUUCUACAAGGAGAUCAUUUUGGGCAAGUUCAAGGACUAACUAGCUAACAUUUUCUUACUGAUAUUGCCCCAAAUCCCCACCCCCCAACCAAGUGCUCUUAGUUUCCACAAAAACACAUGGAAUAAACUAACUAUUUCGAUAGGCAAAAGACACUUCCGAAAUAUCUAACGUUUUAUAAAUGCUUACAACUUGUUCAAACUAA